UUGCAGGCGCAGUCACGUCUUACAGAGACGCCGGUGGUUUUGACUGUCACAUAAAAGUACGCGUCCCACCGGCUGACCGGCGAAACUCUGCCUCUACUCUCUACUCUCUACACCACCGGAUCGGACGUGGGGACGACAACGGGGAUCAGAACCAGUAACGACAAAACCAGCCUCACAGCUUGAGGACGCCUGGCUGGGUUAUGCGCCACAUGAGACCGGCGCACUUCCACUGCUGACAUCGAUUAUCAAAGAAGCCAUCCUCCGUAUAGUGGCCUGCCUUGCGUGGGAUGCUGGAGAGUGGCAAAGCAGGAGAAGAGAUUUUGAUGCCACUUGGCAACAGUAAAAGAGGUGUCGCAUAGUCAAUCAUGGGGGAUUCAAUCUUCAACUGCUGUUAUGUCCCACCCCAUCCCCCAGGCGAGGAGGAACCCCCCAGAUCCAGACGCACAGAGAUCAUGGCCUCCAAUUCAUCUAACAUCUCCUCCGACAAGCGCUUCAUCAUCUUCUUCGACUUUGAUGAGACCAUCGUGGACGAAACCAGCGACGACAUGGUGGUGCAGGCCGCCCCGGGUCAGCAUCUCCCGGACUGGCUGAAGGACACCUACCAGCCGGGCCGCUACAAUGAGUACAUGCAGCGCGUACUGGCCUAUCUGGCGGAGCAGGGAGUCACCGAGAGCCACAUACGCAGCAUCAUGGAGAAGAUACCCUCCACCCCCGGCAUGCUCACGCUCUUCCAGUUCCUCCGCACAAGGCCCCCGCAGGACUUCGAGGUGGUGCUGGUGUCCGACGCCAACACCUUCUUCAUCGAGUCCUGGCUGCGCCGCCACGGAGCUCGUCCGCUCUUCCACCGCAUCUUCACCAACCCGGCCACCUUCAACAAGGACGGGCGUCUGGUGAUGAGGCCCUUCCACUCCCACGACUGCCCGCGAUGCCCCGACAACAUGUGCAAGCAGGUGGUCGUCAGGGACUAUGUGGCCCGCAGGACGCAGGAGCGGGGUCGCCCCUAUCAGAGGGUCUUCUACGUUGGAGAUGGAGCCAACGACUUCUGCCCUGCUACAGCCCUGGGGCCCCGGGACGUGGCAUUCCCGCGACGAGACUUCCCCAUGCACCGGCUGAUCACGGAGACCCAUGAGGCCAUGCCAGGGGAGUUCAAGGCGGUCACGGUGCCCUGGGUCAGCGCAGAGGAGGUGUUGCAGCGGCUGAGGAAGCUGGUGGCAGAGUAGAGAGUCACACUCACAAAAAAAGAGACAAAGAGAGGGGACAAUAGUCAUAUUCUCAGGAAAAAAUAGCCCCUAUCUAAUGUUAAAGGCAAUAAAAUAAUUUGUUAGGCCUACUGUCAGUGAAGCGUCUAUAUGCACGUGCCUUAGCCUCUCGCGCUUUGUCACAAAAACAGGGGCAGCAGGUUAUUGAUAAAGGACCUGCCAUUGUCACCCAAAGUGAUUAAUCUUAUGUGAUGUGAUUCAGAAUAAGUUAGAAGUGAAUGAUUGAACUAUAAAGUUUGAGGGCAUUUGCAUAAUAAAUAUCCUUCAAUAGGAUAUUUAACUAUUGAUCAUAACGUUUAACUUAGUCAGCAGGUAAAGUGUUAAAUAAAUUAAAAAUGAUAUUGACAGCUAUUGUGUGCUCUUUGCUAUCAAAUAUCAACUUAUGAGUUUUAUACUUUUUAAUAUUAAAUUAUAGCCUCAGUAAAUUAAAUUAAAGCAUCUUUGGAAGAGCAGUGGGCAUUUCAAUAGAUCUACAAUAUGACCAGUUUUUUGUAUCAACAUGAUUCUCAGAGAAUAUAUUAUGUCUAAUUUAGAAAUGUAUGUCUCGUCUAUGUCUUAAGACAGUGUUUGUUUGUUUGUUUGUUUGUUUGUUGAAGUUGUUUUGUCUUUAUUGUUGUAGGCCAAGCCUACUGAAGAACAUAUUUACACCAGCAGGAAUAAAGCCAUCAACUGAAA